ACACCACCCAUUGAUGUGCAUAGCUUGAUAAACCAACAAGCUACAACUCAUACAUAGUGUUGGCCAUGGCGAUCGUUGGCUUGACGGAUGCCGGCGACCACCACCUGCCUCACCAUGUCAAGAGCAGAGCCGUCGACGACGAAGCAGCCGCGGCCGACUACUGCCUCAAAGGCGUCAGGCACUUAUCCGAUGCCGGCAUUACCAGGCUUCCCGGCAGGUACGUCCUGCCGGCCUCCGACCGCCCCGGCGCCUCCGUCUGCAUAAGCAGCGGCGGCAACGCGAGGGUGAAGCUCCCCGUCGUGGACCUCGCUCGUCUCCGCGUGCCCACGGAGCGCGCCGCCGUGCUGUCGACGAUCUACACCGCGUGCCGCGACUACGGCUUCUUCCAGGUGGUGAACCACGGCGUAGACUCCGAGGCCAUCGCCGGGAUGCUGGACGUGGCUGCGCGCUUCUUCGAGCUCCCCUUCCCGGAACGCGCGCGGCACAUGUCGCCGGACGUGCGCGCGCCGGUGCGGUACGGCACGAGUUUCAACCAGGCCAACGACGCCGUCCUCUGCUGGCGUGACUUCCUCAAGCUCUCCUGCGUGCCGACGGUAGAGGACGUCGUGCCGUCGUGGCCUGACUCGCCUGCCGACCUCAGGGAGGUGGCGGCCGCGUACGCGGAGGCGAGCCGGAGGGUGUUCGUGGAAGUCGUGGAGGCGGCGCUGGAGGCUUUGGGGAUCGGAGAUGGUGAAGAUGGCGUGAUGGAGGAGCUGGCCACGGCUGGGUCGCAGAUGAUGACGGUGAACUGCUACCCGGCGUGCCCGCAGCCGGAGCUCACGCUGGGGAUGCCACCGCACUCUGACUAUGGGUUCUUCACGCUUGUGCUCCAGGACGACGUGGAGGGGCUACAGGUCAUGCACGACGGCGAGUGGUUCACCGUCGACCCCGUCCCGGGCUCCUUCGUCGUCAACGUCGGCGACCACUUCGAGAUAUACAGCAACGGUCGGUAUAAGAGCGUGCUUCACCGGGUGCGCGUGAACUCGACGCGGCCUCGCAUCUCGGUGGCGUCGUUCCACAGCGUGGGGACGGAGCGGGUGGUCGGGCCGGCGGCGGAGCUCGUCGACGAGGAGCGCGGCGGCGAAGCGCGGCGGUACAUGGACACCGACUUCGCGACCUUCCUCGCCUACCUCGCCUCCGCCGAGGGGAAGCACAAGAACUUCUUGCAGUCAAGGAGACUCGCCUGACGUCGGACUUUUGAUCCUCCCUCGAUCGCGACUGUGGAUUGACUUUGCGUGCGGGAUGUAUUGCCGUAGGAAAUCAAGGGUAUACGUAGAAGUCAGCACCCCGGCAAGCCCUGUUAGCGACGCUUGGCUGGUAUUCUGCGUUUCCAGCUAGCUAGCUUGGCGCUGACUUUGUACAAUUCCUGCUGUUUUUCUACGUAAAACCUAUUAUGUGUCAUCGAAGAUGUACUGGAUGCACGCAACAUGCAUGCUUAUUAGGGUUUUUCUUUGUGUGGCAAGAGUCAUCUAUA